AUGACACCGCGGGCGAGACUGAUCUCAGCAUUCAUCACGCCAUUCGGAUUAUUCGAGUGGGCGAGGAUGCCGUUCGGUCUGAAGAACGCUCCGCAGAUCUACCAGCGGAUCGUGGACAACGCCCUAUAUGGGCACAUGCGCAUCAAGCCCGGCCAAGACAAGACGGUCGAUGUGUUCGAGGAGGGAGAGCCCGAACCAGAACCCAAACCGUCGAUCUUGGGACGACGAUCGUAUGUCGACGACAUUCUCGUGACUGGAGACACGUGGGACAGCAUGUGCAACAAGGUCGAAAAUCUGCUGGACUGUGGUCAAAAGCUACUGGGGCAGGCGCAAAGUGAUCUACUUGGGGCACCAAACGGGUUGGAAGCGAAACCGAAGGACCUUGAAGCCUUCUCGAAUCUCCUUUUCCCCGCCAAGCUGAAGUCGAUGCAGUCGUUCCUUGGAAGCCUGAAUUAUUACAGCCGCUUCAUCGAGGACUUUGCAGUAUAUGCAGCGAUCUUGUACGAGCUGCGGGAGGUAGAUUACCACCAGAUCGCACGGUUGAAGUCGACCGGAGAGCCGGAGGAAGGGACAGCACCAGCGAACGAGGAACGUGAUCGCUGGACAAGAGCGAUGAAUGCGUUCACCAUACUCAAAGCGAAGAUCAUCUCCACACCGAUCUUGAAGCACUUCGAUCCGGGACGGGCACCAGUCAUAGUCCUCUAUGCUAACAAUCGGCGGCACUAA